CUACCAGCUCUAGUGACGCAUGCGUUUGACAAGCGGUUUUUUCUGCUGACAGAAUUUCUGGCUUUUUUGCAUUUUGCAUUUGCAACUGAGAAGUUUUUCGAAGAACCCGAAGCGUGAAAAAUACACCGAUAAAAGGACACGGUAUUCGCGAAGAAAAUCAACUGAGAAUUCGGUGAAAAAAGCGCACGUUGAUCGUAGUUUUUUUUUCUCGACAUUCUGCUAAAAACGAAAAGACCGUGCGUGUGAGUGGUUGCCUCUCUCUCGCUCUUCCUUUAUUUUUUUGUCAAUGCGUGUGUGUGUUGGUCGCAUAAAUUUACCGAUAUUUCGCCUGUGAGAGCGAAACGGGUGUAAAAACGACGAAAGACAAAAAAAAAGAGGGCGGAAAAAACAGCGAAUUUCGUUGAAAUAUUGGGCAAAAAACGCAAACCAAAAACAACAACAAAUAGCUAAGCGAAAAACAGGACGCACAAAAAAUCAAAUAGAAAGAAGAAGAGGGGCGUUAGGAGGAGAGAGCAAAAUAAGCAAUCACAACAACAAGAACAUAGGAGACAACAACAACACAAUGAGCAAACCACAUUUUGAUCUUCCGUUGACAAUUGACCCAGAGCAUGAAUUGCGUUUUGUGGGUCCCUUCAUCCGACCCGUUGUCACAAUCAUGACUCUGCGCAACAACUCGGCUCUGCCGCUGGUCUUUAAGAUCAAGACAACCGCCCCGAAGCGCUACUGCGUACGUCCAAACAUCGGCAAGAUCCCGCCCUUGCGAACGACCCAGGUGGAGAUCUGUCUGCAGCCAUUCAUCUACGAUCAGCAGGAGAAGAAUAAGCACAAGUUCAUGGUGCAGAGCGUUUUGGCACCCAUGGAUGCUGAUCUGACCGAUUUGAAUAAAUUGUGGAAGGAACUUGAGCCGGAUCAGCUGAUGGACGCCAAGCUGAAGUGCGUGUUCGAGAUGCCCAACAACGAGGCGAAUGCGGAGAACACCAGCGGUGGCGGUACCAUCGGCCGUACCGCCGGCGGUGCAAGCGGAAGUGGCGAAGGCGGAAGUGCGGGCGCCAACACUAGUUCAGCCAUUGCUGAGGCGCUCGACAAAAAGUUCGAGAAGCUUUCCAGUGAGGAUAUGCCCUCGAAUUUGCCCGAUGCGUCAGAGAAGAUCGAGUUGGUCGGUGAGAUCAAGGCGCUGCGUGAAUCCAUCAGUGAACUGCGAAAAGAAAAUCUACACUUGAAGAAUCAAAUCACACGCUACCGCAGCUCGCCGGCCAUUAAGCAGGAGAAUGAGCCCUAUGCCCCAGUUCUGGCUGAGAAGCAGAUUCCGGUCUUUUACAUUGCAAUUGCCAUUGCUGCGGCCAUUCUUAGCCUCCUGCUGGGCAAAUUCUUUCUCUGAACGCCAUAAAUGAUCGCCAGCAACAUGCAACAUGCAACGUGCAGCAACAGCAAAAGCAAAAGCAAGAACAGCGGCAACACCAUCUCACAGCAACAUCAGCAGCAACUAACAACAGCAACCACAACGAAUGAACAACAGCAGCAGAAGCAUUGGAUUCCAUCAUCGGCAAAAAGUAGGACACCUCCCAGAGAUGAAAAUAAAGCUGACAACAAAAAAAAAAAAAAAAAGAAAGGGAAACAGCACAGAAAAGGAUAAAAUCAAGAAAGACACAAAAUUGUAUUUUCGCAAAAGAGGGGCAAUCUCUUGAGAAAUAUUUAAAACCACACUUUACUAAGAUCCCAUACGUAUAUUGCUCAGAUUUUUAAUUGCAUUUCUUUUUCGCUAAUAUUAAUAUUUAAGUUUAGAGUUUGAAGAGCUUCGCAACCUUUUUUUUUAUUCGUUUUGAUGCAUUUUUUAGACGGAAAAUGUUAAGUAUUUCAAAGAACAACCAAAAUUAUCAUUAAAUCGAAUUAAUCAUGCCUUUUCGGUAAACAUAACAAAAUACAAAUACAUAAUUGUUACGAGAGUGCGAGAAUAAACUUCAGUUUUUAAAAAUA